AUGUCUCACCAACACCAAUAUCACCUUCAAACGACACUGCUCCUCCUCGGCCUACCCCCGAAAUCGUUUGUUGGCAUCGAUCUAGCCUCAUUCAAUUCAACCGACCGCUUCCAGGGCAUAAAAUACAUACCACCGGGACUCCAUUUUGUUUAUUUCUCUCCUCAGGGUGAUAUGUCACUACGAACCGGCUUCUGGUUCAAAGCUGCGGACGCGGGCCAACACUCUGUCAUCAUCACAAAAUAUGAUGCAGCUUCAGAAAAACUCCUCGAGGAGUCAGAUAUGGGUGUCGAUGAGGUACUACGGAUUAGGGCAAACCUAGCACAAUUAUACGGGGAAUCCUUGACAAUAUACCGACAGCCAGCUAAAGAUGGGAAAGAGGGGUCAACCCGGCCAGAUGCAGAGCAAUGGGAAGCACUGAGUGAACAUAUAGACGAAGCUUUGUUGCUACGGUGUUUAGGGACGGGGUUAAAGUGCAGCAGCGUUUCAAGUUCAAAGAUGGACAGGGAUAAGGAGGAGGAGAAGUUGAUGGAAUUAUUGAAGGGCGAGGAUGUGGCUGCAGAGAUCGAAUGGACGCCUGUAGACCUGAAACGCACUUGGCCUGAAGGUGCCAUUGGGAGAGACAGGACCAUCAUGGCCAAAGAUAGGUCUUGGGCAUUGGGCGAUAUUGUUGGGAAGCUGGGCAUUGGCGGUGGAGACGGGGAGAAACAGAUGUUGGGGGAGAUACAGCUGGCCUUCUUGAUGGCGGUUACACUGGGGUGCUACUCGGCCAUGGAGCAAUGGAGAAGACUGUUAGGGUUAACUCUAACAUGUAAAACUGCAAUUUUCGAAGAGCAGAAAGAAUUUUUUGGGGACUUGAUGGAAGUUCUACUGACACAAAUGGAGUAUGUUGAUGAGGUGUUUCUGGCACAAUUUGUGGGAGGCGGGGAAGGAGAAGAUAGUUGGUUAGCCAAGCUUUUACGAGGGUUUGGGAAAGGCCUCGCCGAGAUUAUUGACGACGACGCAGAACAGGGGAAAGGGAAGGCCAAGGUUAGAAAAAGCGACAUCCUCGAGCAGUAUAAAGAAAUUGAGUCGCUAGCCAUGAAGAAGUUUGACUGGGCAUUGAAUGUCAAAGACGUAGUGAGAAGGGGAAUGGUCCAAACCGAAGAAGGAGAAAUGGUGGAACUUGAAAUGGUGGGCUUAGAGGAAGAUGACGAGUCUGGGGAGUACGCACCCGUUAUUGUGGAGGAAUAUAUCGAAGGAGAUUCUGCAGAGGUGGAAAUGACACCUGCACCAUGGCCCCAAUAG